AUGCUGCAGCUUCUUGCAAUUUCGGUUUUCUUCUUUGCUUUCCGAUCCAAAGCUACUUUUUCAGAAGAGACUCAAGAUAAUUCGCAAAAUAAUGAAGAUCUUUUGCAUUCUGUGGUCAAAACCUUACUUACUAACGGCCCUAUUUCCAAUAUCACCCAAAGUGAAGAACUUUUCUAUAAUACUCCAAGGGAACUUCUAGGUUCAUGCGGGCAAGGAUUAUACAAUGCUUCAGGGACAUGCAAUCACUGCGGCGCAUUAUGCUUGUCCUGUGCUGACGCUACUGGAAUAUGCAACGCAUGUAAUGACCCAUUCAAAAUGACGCUGAACCAAACCGACAACUCUUUAUCCUGUCAAUGCAUUGGAAAUCAAAUCCUAAACCAAACUAACUGCACUUGUCCAGAAUCUACUUUCUUUAAUGGGACAUUUUGUGACCAUUGCAACCAAACUUGUGGAGACUGCAAUAACCCUCACAACUGUACUAAAUGUAGAGACCCAAUAAUGGUAUUAACAGUAAAAGGAGACUGUGUUUGUCCAAGCAAUGCCUUUAUGAACUCAACUUUUCAGUGCCAGCUAUGUCCAAACGGAACAGUCUUUAAUGGGACUGAAUGCACUCCGUGCAAUAAAUGUGACGAAUGCAUAGACCCAAAGAUGAAUAAAACUCAGGAUGGCUUUUGUGUCUGCCCUGAAAAUACAUUUUUAAGCCCAGAAGGACACUGUGAAAGAUGUGGAGAACUGUGCCAUUCUUGUAUUGAUGCUACUCAUUGCUUAGAAUGUGUUGGAGGCUCGAUAUUAAAUAGCACAGCUAACUCAACUGUUUGUCAUUGCCCUGAUCAAACAUUUUCGAAUGGAACUGAUUGUGCGCCUUGUAAAAACUGCACUGGGUGUUCUGACCCUAUGAUGGUUUUGACUCUUGAUGGAAGUUGCAUUUGUCCAAAUGGUACUUUUCUUAACGCAGCAGGACAUUGUGACAAAUGUGGACCAUUAUGUGAUUCUUGCACAAGCCCUAAUCAUUGCUUACAUUGUGCAGGAAAUUCCACCCUUAGCCAAAACUCCACUUCUGCUGUGUGUCUUUGUCCAAAUGGAACUUAUAACGAUGGAUUCAACUGCUGGUCUUGUGAUGGAUUUUGUGGCCACUGCUCUGAUGAUAUAACUUGCCUAAACUGCUCUCAUCCCCAUAUGUUUGUAAAUGAAUUUAAUGUUUGCCAAUGCUUAGAAGGCUUCUUUUGGAACGAAACAGAUUGCCAACCUUGUGGCAGGAACUGUAAAAGCUGCACAAAUGACCAUAAUAAUAAAUGGCUGCAUCGGAAUAAGUUUUCUUUUAAAGUCUUUCCAUCCUUCACAAUUUUAAUAUUAUCCCUUUGAUCAUUUAUCCAGCUAUGCCAAAAUGCCCAAUGUAUAGAAUGGUAGUCUAUAGCACUUGGAUUUAGGAAGAAUAGGGUUUUGCUGCUUGAGACUAUCGAAAAAGGAAAGAAUCUUAAUAGAGUAUGUGCAGGAGUCAAGCGAAGAAAGAGGCAAUGCUUUCCAUGAGAUUUUAUGUUUGGCGUUUUGUUCCAAUAGAAAGGGCAUGACAAGUAGCUUAGGAAGAGAUGAGCUCUGAGUUAAAAGGUGGGUCUGUAUGGAAAUUUAAAACGUUCUGGAGCCGAAUGACACACUAAGCACUAAAUAAUUAAGAAAGCACAAAUGCAACCACAUGCAAUGAAUGCAUGGACAAGUCAAUGGAUAUUCUUUCUGAUCACCCAGGCUCAUGCUCUUGUGGGCUUUCUACUUAUGAUAACGGCACUGACUGUAUCCAUUGUGGACACUUAUGUGGCAAUUGCACAAAUACGACUGUAUGUUUGUCAUGCAUUGACCCAGACACUAUGAGUUUCAAUCAAUCCAACCCUGGCUCUUGCAUGUGCAACUCCUCAAUGGCAGACAACGGCACCUCAUGUGAAUUCUGUCCUGCUGGAACUUAUUUAAUUAAUAAUACCUGCAAAAUCUGUCAAGAUAACAGCUGCGAAGUCUGUUCAGGAUCUGAGACAAGCCAAUGCACAAAAUGUUUCAGCACCCAUAUACUUAACCUUCCUUUAAAUCGGAGUAAAAAAUCUUGCUCAAAUUAAAGGAUUUAAAAAGUUUUUCAUAGAUAAAAAAUUUUCUAUUAAAAAAUACCCAAAAAAUGGAAAUUUUACCUAUAUGUUGUUUCGAUUUAAAGGAAAGGUAAGAAUAAUGUGUGCACACAAUGCCCUGUAGGUAACUUUUCAAGUGAUGGAACUACAUGCAUUUCAUGUGAAGACGCUGGCUGCAAAGUUUGCAAUGGAACUGGAACUGGGCAAUGCUUGCAAUGUACUGAGCCACAUAAGUUUAUAUUAAAUGGAACUUGUCAAGACUGUCCUGAUAAUUCUUUUCCAAAUCUUGAUGGAAAAACGUGCGGGAGAUGCAAUGAUACUGACUGCAAAACCUGCCAUGAUGGAAGACCUGGCCAAUGCACUGAAUGUUUGACGUUAAAUAACUCAAUUGUUAACGGGACUUGUCACCCAUGCGCCCCAGGAUUCUUUUCAAAUGAAAACGGUUUUAAUUGCACGAAAUGCCAAGAUACGAAUUGCACUGCAUGUGAGGGAGCUGGAUCGAAUACAUGCAUGCUAUGCAAUAAUCCUUAUUUCCUCGAUCAAAAGAACUGCACUUUAUGUCCAAAAGGUCAAUAUUCAGAUGGGCUGCAAUGUCAUACAUGUGAGGAUACUAAUUGUACCAAAUGUGCAGGAAAUGGUACAGAGACUUGCUUACUUUUUUUUAAGCUCAUUAAAUAUAUAAAUUUAAUAUAAACAUUUUAAUUGUAUAACUUAACUUGAAAAUAAUAAGUUUUUGACUGAAAAAUAGCAAGAAAUCUAAGAGAGUUAGAAUGUGAAGUCAAUCUCUUUUUAGUCAAAGGCACAUGCCAAACUUGCGCUCCAGGAAAUUAUUCCGCUGAUGGUAAAUGCACUCCAUGUGGCCUCGGCUGCGACUUAUGUGAUAACAAAUCAGUCUGCCACGACUGUUCUGAUCCAGUUUUAAUGAUAAAUAACGGAAAUGGAACUUGCUCAUGCAUAAAAGGCUACUUCAUGGAUGCCCUCGGCCACUGCAAGCCUUGUCCUGGAUUAUGCACGUCUUGUUCUUCUAACAGUACUUGUGAUAGCUGUGUUCCUACAGCUAAUUUGACUGCAAAUGGAACAUGUGCUUGCAGCGAUGGCUCUGGUGUACAAGGAAACAGCACUUGCAGCCAAUGUCCUAACCUCUGUGCCAAAUGUUCAGACUCCAAUACCUGCAUAAGCUGCAUAAAAAAUUCUCAAUUGAAUGCAAACAACCAAUGUGUUUGUUCUCAAGGUUUCUCCCAGCUAGGAAACGUCUGUGCAGCGGCCUGCAACAAUCUCUGCACAAAUUGUGACCAUAAUAAUGGGAAUAGCUGCACUUCAUGUAUAGCAAAUGCUGAAUUACUCAAAAAUACUUGUUCAUGCACAGCCCAUUCGGUUUAUGACUCUACUUCAAAUUCUUGCAAAUGCAAUGACGGGUUUACUUUAGUUAGCAGCAAAUGUGUAUUAUGCAAGAACUAUUUUGCUUCUUCAGAUAUUGUUGACGGUUAUUUCAAUGACCUUUUUACUAAAAUUACCGUAGUUUUUGCUUCAGCUAUAGAUACCUCUUUAGAUUCUUCCUGUUCUUUGACUGUAAAUGCUACAAGUUUGCCGAAACUAGGAAGAAAUCCACAGUGCUCAUGGGAUGGAAAUUUCAAUUUAGUCAUCUCACUUGGAGACCGGUAUACCCCUUUAUACAUUUCUUUAUCGAGCAAAAUGUAUUGGACUAUUGAACGAGCAAAACAGAGUCUCUCAAAGAGAUGAGCUCAAUCUCUAUAUCAGAAAGUGCUAAAAAAUGACAUGCCAAAAAUGGUGACAAGUGUGAAAAAAGUUGACAAGUAAACACGCCAAUUUUUAAAAUAAGAUACCAAAUUAGACUGGGAUUGAUUAAUAACUAAAAAUCUAUUUUAAAGGUCUUAUAAAUUAAUGAUAAUUAUUAUAAUAAAUCUACAUAUAAAUUAUAAUCGAUUUAAUAUUUUUGACUAUUUGUUUAUUUAAAAAGUGCUUGAGAUAAAGCUAUAAUAAUGAGUUUUAAAAAUUGAAAAUGGAAAGGGGAACUUAUCGAGCGAACAGUUGCAUAGUUCUCCAAGUGCUAUAACUCCAGUAAGCAUAUCAUUCAAAAACUCCAGUAGGAUUUUGACUUAAGCGAUUUAUAAAGAUGGAGUCAAUUAUUGAAGAAUUCCACAUGAACUUUAAAAAUUGAAAAUGCAAAGGGUGAACUUGCUGAGCGAACAGUUGCAUAGGUCUCCAAGUGCUAUAACUCCAGUUAGCAUAUCAUGCAAAAACUCCAGUAGGAUUUUGACUUAAGUUAUUAUAAAGAUGGAGUCAAUUAUUGAAGAAAUUGCACAUAAAUUUUAAAAAUUGAAAAUAUUAAAUAAAUAGCCCAUAUUAAUUUGCUAUUAUUAUCUUCAGUCUAACUGGGUAUCUUAAGUUUUAAUUAUUUUAAUAAUAAAGCCAUUUUGAAAAUUGGCGCGUUUACUUGUCAACUUUUUUUCACACUUGUCACCAUUUUUUGACAUGUCACUUUUUAGCACUUCCUGAUAUAGAUGUCUAACCCGUUCCUUUAAUAGAGUCUUUCUUUGUCGUUGCACUUUCUAUUGCAUUUUGCCUGAUAAAUAAAUCUAUAUCGAGGCAUGAGCUAUACCUUACUCCCCUCCCUCCGCGAGCAAACAAAGAAUCUUAUUCGAUCAUGGAGGAUAGUUAAUUUUUUUUUUUAAAAAAAAAUUUUCGAAAUUUAAAAAAAAACCACUUCUUGAAAAUUGAAUGGCAAAUAUUAAUUUAAUUUGUAAAAUUUUGUGUUUUAAAACGCAAUUUGUUCAAAAUUAAACAGAAUUAGCUCUAGAUUUCAUGAUACUAAUUAUCAUUUAUAUAUCAAUUUUUUUUCCAUAAAAAUUUGUUCUAGAACAUUUUUUGUUCACUCACGGAGAGUGAGUUUUUGGGCAAAAAAUACGAUUUUUUAAUGGUUUUGUUCGCUCACGGAGGGGGGUUAAGAAAUGAGACACUCUUUUUAGAUGGCACCUAUAUAGUCAAAAAGUUCGGGACUUGCAGUUACAACUAUAACCCUCUCAGAAUACCUGUUAAACUAGCAGCAAAUCCUAAUCCUGCAGCAAUUAUAACGGGCCCUCAAUUCUUCUCACUAGCCUGUGGAGCACGAGACUUGAUGUACUCUGGCGACCGUUCAACAGGCUCUCUUAACAACCAAAUGAAUUAUACCUGGUCUGCUAUCUCAUCUCCAUCAAUUGCUGCACUAACAAAAUAUGUUUCCAUGCAAAGUACUUCAUCUAUUACUAUUCCAAGGAGCUAUUUCAGCAGUUCUACCAAUACAACUUUAAAUGUUACCAUGACAAUUUCCAACAUAUAUAAUUUGACCAACUCUUCUUCUAUUGUAACUUUCGUUACUUCAACGCCUUCUCUAAGUGUCAAUAUUGAUAUAGGAAAUUCUGACUCUAUGAAAUCAUCAGAUUCUAGAGUGUAUACUGCUUCUGUGAACUCCUUGUGUGAUAAUUCUACAUCUUCUAUUAGCUGGUCGUGGGUUUAUAAUCCUGCAAAUGGAGCACCUACAAUAGAUUCAAGCUCUAUUCUAAGCAAAGCUAAGCAGCCAAAUAAGCUUGUAAUAGAAAAAAACAUGCUGCCAAGUGGGUAUUCAUAUUCGUUUACUGCUAUUGCGGCAAGCACAAAUGCGCAAGGACAAGCCAUAACUGGAAAUUCAACUAUUUUAGUCAGCACUAGCGCAUCAAAUUUAAUAGUCACUUUGAGCAGACCAGGGGGAAGCAUCCCUCCAAACCAAGAUUUAGUUAUAAAUGGCGACAAAUCUUUUGAUCCUGAUGACAAGAAUUCUGCAUUAAACUUUACUUGGAGCUGCAAAUAUACUUUAAACAGCACAUCCUGCUUGGGAAAAGACAACAAUGUCUUAGUUUCAGGCCAAACCACCUCUUCAUUGCAAAUACCAGCCCAAAGGCUUAUUCCUGGAGCCAGCUAUGACUUGACACUUCUGGUCAGCAAGGGUGCAAGAAAUGCAUCUGCUACUAUAACAGUAGAGGUUUUAAAUGCAAACACAGACACUUCAGUGUCAAUUAGUAUGUCAUCAACUAAAAUUACAGCUAGAUAUCAGUUUACAGCAGAUGCCAAUAUUCAAGCGAACUCUUCAUCUACUCUUGAAUGGUCCUGUGCAAACCCUCCGCUUACCAUCAGUCCUAAUAAUCUGUCUAAGCUAACUAUCCCUGCAAAUACAUUAACCUCUGGCCAAACCUAUCAAUUCCAGCUGAAAAUUACUGAUCCUGCAGGAGUUCCUUAUACAGUAUACUACCCAGUUGAAGUGAACCAAGGAGCAUCAUGCACUGACUCUUUAAGUAUAAGUCCAUCUACAGGGACAGCUUUAGUUACAAGCUUUACAAUGUCUAUCUCAGGGUGUACAGAUUUGGACGGUGAAGACUUACCACUUAUGUACGCUUACAAUUUGAAUCAGAAUUCCAUUAAUUAUAUGCUUGCCAGUAACCAAGAUAAUAGCUAUUCAACUUUCUUGAUGCCUGGAAGCAAUAAUGUGAGUGUAACUGUAUGUGAUCAAUAUGAUGACUGCUCAACAUAUUAUCAAGUUAUUCAAGUUGAUAAUUAUACAGCUACUGCUGGAAGAAGAUUAGAUGAUAGCGCACUUAUUGACAUAUAUUCACAAAAUACUUUGAAUUCUGAUAACAUUCCUUCUAUGAUUGCAAUUAUUUCGUCAGCUACCACGAUUAAUAGCACAUUAUUUGAAAAAAUGUGGAGUGAUUUGCAAAGCUAUAUCAACUCACAGAACUCAAUGAACAAUAACAUAUUUAUAGGUGUCAUCUCUGCUAUUCAAGCUUUAGCCACAAAGCAAUCUCAUAUGAACUCUACUCUCUAUGAGCAGCUCUUCACUCAGGCUAGCCAAAUAAUGACAAAUAACUCAUUGCCAGUCAUUGUUGAUGCUUCAUCAAUACUAAAUAUUUUAGUAUCUAUUAAUGAUGCCUAUUUAAAUUUAGCUAAAAAUCUCACAACUUCUCAAAACAGCACCAACACUCCGUCAAGUCACAAUUUAAGAGCACUAAAGAGUUCUUCUCCUCUCAGCCAGAAUUCUACAGCCAACGCUACGUAUGAAUCUUACCUUAUUAACUCUAACAACUUCCUAUCAAAUUUCUCCGUCUAUUGCACUCAAAAUGAUAUGCCUGGGCAAAAUUCGCUUCCUAACGCAACAGUCAGUAGCCAAACUUCUACCUAUAAAUCAAGAUACUUUGCUGGUGACUUACUCCUCUCCAUUCGUGAGCGAGGAUUUUUGCAUAAAAAUAAGAUUUUUCCAAUGAUUUUGCUAGAUCAAGAUGAGAGAGUUAGCAAAUCAGACCUUACAAUAUGGAGCUACAAAUAUCACGAUGCCUUCAAGUUUGCCAUUUAACUCAACUGAUAUUGUGAACUUAAGAGUUAAUUUAUAUAAUAGCACAGACGACUACUCAAGUGUACUAGAUAUAAGCUACGGUAAAAGUGGUAAUUACUCAGAUUUUGUGUAUUCUCAGUAUAAUGAGACUUAUGCGUCGUUCAAUAAUGCCAACCAUACAGUAAAUGUUACAAUUCCUUAUAAUAAAAAUGCUACAAAUGGGUGGGCCUGUGUCUAUUAUAACGGAAUUAAAAUAUGGCGUCUUCGUCUGUGCAUGGCCUCUGGCCAUGCAGCCUCGACUCAUAUUUUAAUUAUAUCCGGCAAGGUUUUGCCAUUUCAGAGAUGGACGGCAAUGCUAGGUAAGCAAUUCUGGUGGAGUACAGAGCCUAGCCCUAGUCUACUCUCAGAGAUGGUUUUUUUUCCUCGUGGGGAAGGAGAGCACGGCAGUUGGAAAGGGGAGGCCCAGCAGAGUCCACACGACCCAUCGGGCAACUCCCUAGCGUGAAACUGGGCGUUACGUCCCAGGCUACGUGUUCCUCCUUUUUGCCAAAAGCCUACCAGAAAAUCCAUUUUUUGGGUUUUCGGAAUGGCAACCCAUGUCACAAGCAAGUAGCUCAUCCAUGAGCCGUCGAAGCCGGCAAUACUUGCCCCUAGGCGCACCUUGGUGAACGAAGCGGACCGGCCCAGAGGUCUGUGGGCCCGAUGCGACGAGAGGCGAGCGGAGGUCUGGGCUCUGCCAACCCCGUAGUGGACGUUAAGCGUUAUAAGUAGUAAGUUAAGUUAAGUGUCUAUUAUAACGAAACAAUUAGUACUUGGCUGACAAAUGGAUGCCAAAUUGUCUCAGUCGAAAAUGGAUACGCGACGCUGACUUUAAGCCACUUUUCGAUGUUCAAGCUUACUGACUCUUCAACAGUUGUCGUUCCUCCAAUAUCUCCAGAAUCUUUAGAAGAUUCUUCAUGUGGCACUAAUUUAGCACCUGUUUAUAUACUAGUGGUAGGGCUUUUCUUAGCGCUUAUUAUUUGGCCAGCUCCAAUCCUACUAGAUGCAUAUUCUAAAUCUAAAACUCGAGGAACCCAAAAAAUUACUCCUCUAAGCGUAAGUCCAAAAGGAGAAAUCAGCCAGACUGAAGAAUACAAAAGCUGUGAAGAAGGGGCUAAAAAUAAAAUGGAAAAUAGUACAGUUAAUUUUUCAGGCAUUGGGGAUAGUAUUUUAAUUGAUAGACAGCAAGAUGUUGACCCUAAUGGCAAUAAACCAAUAGAAUUUGAUCAAGACGCCUUUAAAAAUACCCUAGACGAAAAGUCAAAAUGGGAAACUCUUAUAGAAGGCCACUUAACUGCUGGAUUAUUCAUAUAUAAGAAAGGCCAUGCAAGACUUUGGAGAUUAUUUACUUGGGAAGUCGUGAUAUUCUUUGAGCUGCUUCUUGAAGGACUUUUGUUCUCUGGGUUUGAAAGCACUGAUAAUGGAGUAGGAAAGGACUCACAGAGCUUAUUUGAUGAUUACAAGGGAACUUAUUUCGGAUAUACUGUAUUUGCAGUAGUAAUUGCAAUGCCAAUAGAAAUCUGUUUAUCAAUAUGCUUGAGCUUUGAUAGAAGCGCAAUGCCAAAAGUUUUCUACUCUGCGUUGGCUUUGGGGGCUAUGGUAAUUAUGGGGUCUAUUGCAGGAGUUUUUGCGUUGAGCUUCAAGUUUUGCAGCGAGUGGAGCGGAUACUGGGCGAUAAGCUUCUUGUGGGGGAUUUUGCUUGAAGUUUUUGUGAUGCAGACCAUUUAUAUGGGUGGAAGGUAUCUAUUCCUCCACUUUUUUAAAUAA